GAUACAAUGUUCUAUUUUAAAUUAUCUAUAAUGACGUCGUGCAUCAUCGGCUGAAUCGACACUAUGUAUCUGCACCACCGUGCGCGAGCGAUCACAACAAAUGAACAGAUAUUCACGCCUGCAGUUUGAAAUCAUUCACUGAGCGCCGUUUGAAUCUUUCCUCUUCUUGCAUACUGAAACCAGGUUUACAAUUAUAUCUACGCGUGUCAUUUGAUCGGCGGACGAGUGUCUGUUAUCCAUUUUUUUUUUUUUUUGACAACACCCAUGCCAGCCUUGACCGAUUUGAUGUGCAGAUCAAAGAAGAUCGCAUAUGACGUUUCUUAUUCAAGGAUUUUCCCCAGUUGAAAAUGGGCGGGAAGUUUGCGUAAAACGUUCUACACAGCCUUGUAAACUUAUUGGAUGGAUAUAUCAGAUUCCCUCGCCGAAUAACAGUCUGCUCCCUCUAUUUAUCUGUUUCAGAGUUUUUAUGGAGACAGUGAUACCGGCUUGAAAUGACGACAGCAUCUGCUAAUGCCAUGAGAGGAUCGCGGUUCUGCAGCCCAUUGCACCUGCAUAUAGUUAAAAUCAAAGGACUCAUGAAAGGGCACCGGAGACAUGUUUGAGUCUCCGGGCCGCGACACUGCUCUUUUCUGUUAUAGAUCUCUGAAGUGCACGAAUGUGAGGUCAUUUGUUAUUUGGUCAUUUGUUGCUUUUGUUUUCAUCGCGAAAAGUGACUGGCGUUGCGCUGGAGCGUUUUCCCCCUCUUUGACUUCUUCUCCACUUUAUUUGUUCGGGUCGUUGGGCUAAAUAAAACGAUGUAGGCCUGGGUUCGUGAAAGUAAAACGGCGGUUCUUUUUGUUUCGUUUGUUUCAUUGCACCACUGAUAUCUGGACCAAGACCACAGCAGCGCUUCAUGUCAUGCACGAAUACUGGGAGGAACUUCUCACACAAAUCACAUAAAAGAGGAUGUGUUUAUUUUUAUUUUUUUUAUUUUUUAUUUUUUCUUACAACCGAUAUAUUUGAUAGAGAUGGCGUUACAUCCCUGUUUUCUGCGCUGGUUCGUAUAGCUUCCUAAGGACGAUAUUAAUGUGGGCGGACCUUGGCUCAUCUCCAACGGAUAUUUUUUAGGGGGGCUGGAGGAUCGGACUAUUUACUACAGCUUUGUAGUAGGCUACAUCUCGUCACCAUCAAGAUUUUUUUUUCCCCAUAUGAACCAUCGGACAUUUUUAAAGACAGAAUCAGAGAUCUGAAAUAUUCUACCUCUUCCUUAGCAUUUUGUCAGUAUAUAAUGGCCGAAGCCACAGCUAUAGAUAGGUUGAGCACUGCAGCUGCGAGAGGAGAUCUGAAGGAAGCUGAGCAGAUAUUGCAAAGCAACGUGAACGUUAAUGAGAGGAACAAGUUCGGCAGGACAGCAUUGCAGGUGAUGAAACUUGGCUGCCCUUCAAUAGCGGAGGCGUUGCUAGGAGCGGGCGCGGACCCAAACGCGCGCGACCCCUUUGAAAGACUGACCAUCAGUCACGAUGCCGCGAGAGACGGAUAUCUGGACACUCUACAGGUGCUUGUGCGGAAUGGUGCUGAUGUCAAUCUCCUUGACAACAACGGCAACCUGCCUCUGCAUCUGGCGGCGCAGGAAGGACACCUGGGUGUUGUGCAGUACCUCGUAUCUCAUUGCAAGGCACAACCUUUUCUGCCUAACGCAAAAGGCUGCACACCUCGUGACCUGGCGCUUAUGCACAAAAACCAUAGCACUGUGGAGUGGUUAGAUAGUAUUGUGCCGUCAGAAUCCAGCUAGAGAAUAUGUCUAUAGGCAAAUGUGAUUUGUUUUAUAAUAAGAGGUAGCAGAUAAGAUAAAUGCUGAACGAGCGACUUGCAUUGCAGAACAUUCAGCAAACUACCUCUUAUCUUAUUGCAAUGUAUAAUAGGCUGUUGGAUUUCGGGCUCAGGGGCAUGUCUUUUUGUGAAGAACAAAUAACAUUUUUUUUAGCGUUAGGCUACGUGUAAUUGUUAUGACCUUCUCAAGUAUAAAAAUGCUUUCAAUUGGCUGAAUGGUUUAUUUAUAGGUCUCUGACAUUGAAAUAGUUCUCCACGUCUGUUGAUAAAUAUUCCACUGGUUCUAAGUAAAAUACUCCCACAUCUUAGAUUCGUAGAUAAUUUCUUUCACUAACUUUCAAUAUUACAUUUCAGCAAAGCCUUUACGUCCAGAAAGAAAGAAUUGUUGAUCAUUUAUUUUAAUGGAUCUGCUUAAAGAAAAAUUGACAUCUCAUUUUAUUGAAGUAAUUGCACUAUAAUAGUCAAUAUCCACUUAACAUCCCCUGACUGCUCCGAAUUUAUAUAUAUAUAU